AUGGAGACUGGGAAUUUGGUGGUAAUCAUAGUACAUCACGAACAAUACGUUCAGAUGGUGAGGCUGCAAUGCUGUUGUCAACUUCAAAUAAACAAGGUGAUUAUAGCCAAUUAUUAAUGCCGAAUACAGAAUAUAAACUCUGUGGCCAAGCAACAUGGUGUGGUUUCGAUUAUAAUCGUGGAUACUACCCACUAAUUGCAUAUUGUGGGUUAACGGAUUUGUUUCGAAUUCCAAAAUUUGUAUAUUACUUCUUUCAAAGUCAACGAGAUCCAACUGUCAUAUUGCCGAACAACAUUGAUUCUGGUCCAAUGAUCUACAUCGCCAAUUGGUGGACAUCAAACUCACCCAAAGAUGUGACAAUUUUUUCUAAUUGUGAAAUGGUCAAUUUAUACUUAAAUAAUAAGUUGAUCGCAUCUCAAUUGCCAGAUAGUGCGGAAACGGAUGUGUGUAUACCACAUCCUCCAUUUACGUUCAAAGAAUUAACCUGGCAAUCGGGAAUAUUGCGAGCGGAUGGUUUGAUUGAAAAUAUAGUUGUUAAGUCGACGUCUGUGAGUACACCUGAUGUUCCUCAAUGGAUUAUUGUAAAUAUUGAUACUGUUCGAAGAAGUUUAAUAGCUGAUGGGGCUGAUAUCGGAAUUGUCACAGCCUCGGUUGUUGAUAAAAAUGGUACUAUUAUUCCAACGAAUACGGUAUCUAUAACUUUUAGUAUUACAGGAGAAGGAAUAAUUGUUGGUGAUAGUAGCAUUGGAGCAAAUCCAAUCACGACCGGAGCGGGAAUAGCGGCAAUAUUGAUUCGUACAACGAUGACUGCUGGUCGAAUUGUUGUAACAGCCAGCGCAGAUGGUUUACAAUCAGGCAUCGCUGUAACAACGAGCAUUCCAUUAAUGACACCGACAAUUCCAUUAGCGUUGAAUGUUUCAGCCACAAACAGUGUUUCAUGA